CCUCACCUUUUUUUCUGUUCCUCACAUAAAAGAACACUUCAUUGAUACCUCCGCAUCCAUCCAUCAAACUCAUUGCACAUCUAAUUACUAUAUCCAUAUUAUAAUUACUAUAUGAUUGCUGAUGUAGCAUCUUACACUAUUUCCCCUAGGUAGGUCUACUAUCUCGAUUUAGAAUAUUUUCCUAUAUGCUCACCUACCCAGUUGUUUACAAUGGAGUUUCAGCCAACCCAUUUGCCCAAAAUCGCAUCUUUUCCCCCGUUACCUUUAUCAUUCCUCCUCGAGACAUGAAAUAAGUUUUGUGUUGAAAUUAUCACACGCACAGAGAAGCAAGGCGACUCUGUGUGAUAUAGUUUUUCUCUUUCUGCUUCUAGGUUUCUGGAGAUAUUGAAUGAUGGGUGGUAGAGCAGAAAUGAAACCUCUAUCGUUCAAGAAAGGUAGUAGGAUUUUAUCAGAUUCUCAUUUGGGCCUUCAUUGGAGCAAUCAAGAUUGCAACUUUCAUCCAGGUGGUGGGUUGUUUGCCUCUGUCCAAAUGGGAAAUGAAGGAAAUGGGGGUCUGAAAUUACCCUGUGCUGAUUUUCUACUGAAAUAUGUUUCAUUGCCAGAGGAAAAUGGUUUGGGGGAAAAGAAGAAAAAAAGAGGGCUUAAGCUAAAGAUUAAGAUCCCUAAUCCCUCGUUAAGGAGGUUAGUUAGUGGUGGAAUUGCUGGGGCGGUUUCUAGGACUGUUGUUGCUCCUUUGGAAACGAUUAGGACUCACUUGAUGGUGGGUAGCAGUGGGCAUUCCACAACUGAGGUGUUCAACAACAUUAUGCAAACAGAUGGAUGGAAAGGAUUGUUUAGAGGGAAUUUUGUUAAUGUGAUUCGUGUUGCCCCGAGCAAAGCCAUAGAGUUAUUUGUUUAUGAUACUGUCAACAAGAACUUGUCUUCAAAACCCGGUGAACAGCCCAAAUUACCCAUUCCUCCUUCUCUAGUCGCAGGCGCCUCAGCUGGGGUCACCUCGACACUGGUCACCUACCCCCUCGAGCUACUCAAAACUCGACUAACCAUACAGAGAGGAGUCUACAACGGUCUGCUGGAUGCAUUUGUCAAAAUACUGCAAGAGGGUGGUCCAGGCGAGCUCUACAGAGGCCUCGCCCCAAGCCUCAUUGGAGUUAUUCCUUAUGCUGCCACCAACUACUGUGCGUACGACACUCUACGAAAAGCCUACAGGAAAAUCUUCAAAGAAGAAAAGAUAGGCAAUAUAGAAACACUCUUGAUCGGGUCAGCAGCCGGCGCUAUUUCUAGCACUGCCACGUUCCCUCUUGAAGUUGCGCGUAAGCACAUGCAGGUAGGGGCUGUGAGCGGGAGGCAGGUGUACAAGAACGUGCUGCACGCUCUCGCCUGCAUCCUCGAACGAGAUGGGAUAGGAGGUUUGUACAAAGGGCUUGGCCCGAGUUGUCUGAAGCUGGUGCCUGCUGCUGGGAUAUCUUUCAUGUGUUAUGAAGCAUGUAAGAAGAUUUUGGUGGAGAAAGAAGAGGAUGCAUAGGGAAAUCUGUUUUGCAGAAUAAAUCCCUCAGGGGUUUAAGUUUAACCAUGUCAAUUGACAUUUUACAGGUUUCUUUACAAAAUUUGUUUUAGUGUAGGAAUUUUUGCUCGGAAUUGUAGUAUGUUUUUGAGAUGAGAAUCGAUAUGGUUUUUUUUUUUUUUUUUUUUCUGUUUGCUUGAACUUAUUUUGUGUAAAUGAGGUAUUUUUGGGUCGACCUUGUUUUUUUACAUUUAAA